AUGGACCUGCUGCCUGACCUGUGGAGGCAGGAAUACUGGCUCCCUCCGGGUGUGACCUGGGAGGACAUGGAACAGCUGGCGGACUGUGACCGACCUCGACCCCUGGACCUUCUCUUAGGUCUGCCACUGGCGCUGGGCUUUGUCGCCCUGCGCUACCCGUUCGAGAGGUUUGUUGCCCCACCAAUCGGCAGAUGUUUGGGGGUUAAGAAUAGAUUGCAGGUGAAAGCAGCCCCUUCCCCGAGGCUGGAGUCGUUUUACACCCAGAGGAGCAGAGAGCCGACACAGAGUGAAAUCGUUAGUUUGAUGAAGCUCUGCGGCAAAACCCAGAGACAGAUUGAGACCUGGUUCCACCGUCGCAGGAACCAAGACCGGCCGAGUCAAACCAAGAAGUUUGGCGAAGCUGCCUGGAGAUUCUUCUUCUACCUCAUUUCCUUCACGGCUGCAUUCACCAGCUUGAUUCAUAAACCCUGGUUGUGGGACCUCAGGGAAUGUUGGAGACAGUAUCCAUUACAGCCCAUGGAGAGAGCUCACUACUGGUACUACAUGAUGGAGCUGGGCUUUUAUGGCUCUCUGCUGCUCCGGAUCUCUGUUGACGUCAAGAGGAAGGAUUUUAAAGAACAGGUGAUGCACCAUUUGGCCACCAUCUUCCUGCUCACCUUCUCCUACUGUGCCAACUACAUCCGCAUCGGCACGUUGGUCAUAGCGCUUCACGACCUCUCUGACAUCCUGCUGGAGUCCGCCAAGAUGUUCAACUACGGCACAGGCUGGAGGAGGACCUGUGACGCUCUGUUUGUUGUGUUCGCUGUGGUCUUCCUCGUGACUCGACUGGUGAUUUUCCCCAGCAAACUCAUCCACACCACCCUGGUUCUGUCCAUGGAGACCUUCCAGCCCUUUAUCGGCUACUACUUUUUCAAUAUCCUGCUGAUGGUGCUGCAGGUUCUCCACAUCUUCUGGGCUGGAUUAAUCUUACGUAUGGUCUACAAGUUCCUGAAUAGCAAGAUGGACAAAGAUGAGCGCAGUGAUGACGAGAGUGAGGUUGAUGAAGAAGAAGAGGAGGAGGAGGAUAAGGGAGGAGAGGACACCGCUGAGCAAGGGGGAGAUUAUUGCUGGGAGAGAAGUAAAGACGCCAUGAACUCGAAGAUGAAUAUGCUGACAAACAGCUGUGUCCUGAAUAACUUGACCAACCACAGAGCAGCAGCAGUCGACAGGAUGCGCAAAGCUCAGUAG